AUGCAUGGAGCUCAGCUGUCCUACUUUGAGAGUGCGGAAAUGAACAUUUCCGAAGGGAGAGAGCUGGCCCUGCAGGGUCGUUUUCUGCCUGCUCCUCUCCAUGUAUCAGGUCUUUGCCUUUCUUCAGUCGUGCUGGAGCCCAGAUCUCUGGAGCUGGCACUGAAGUCUCUGGGAAGCGAGGGGCUGUUUCUCUUUUCUUCUCUGGACACAAACAACGAUCUGUACCUCAGUCCAGAGGAGUUCAAGCCAAUAGCUGAGAAGCUGACGGGGGUUGCUCCCAUCUCAGAAUUUGAAGAGGAAGAGACGCCAGAUUCAAGCGGGGAGACGUUGUCCAUCGUGGCAAAAUUCCAGCCUUUGGUCAUGGAAACGAUGACAAAGAGCAAAGACGGUUUCUUAGGAAUUUCUCAUGUCGCACUGUCUGGGCUGAGGAAUUGGACCGCCCCAGUAGCCCCUAUGAGCGUGAUGUUUGCCAGUCAGUUCAAAGCCUUUCUUCCCCCAAAGAAUAAACUGGAUCUUGGGGAUCUGUGGUGGAUAAUUCCUAGUGAAUUAAACAUCUUCACCGGGUAUCUUUCCAACAACCGAUUUUACCCUCCACCUCCCAAGGGCAAAGAGGUCAUAAUUCACAAGCUCUUGAGCAUGUUCCACCCACGGCCCUUCGUAAAAACUCGCUUUGCUCCCCAAGGAGCUGUGGCCUGCAUCCAAGCCAUCAGCGCCUUCUACUACACCAUAGCCUUCAGGAUCCAUGCUGAGUUCCAGCUGAACGAGCCACCAGACUUCCCCUUCUGGUUUUCUCCAGGCCAGUUCACAGGUCACGUCAUCCUCUCCAAGGAUUCUUCCCAUGUCCGAGAGUUUAAGCUCUUUGUCCCUAAUAACAGGUCUCUGAAUGUUGAUAUGGAGUGGCUGUAUGGGGCAAGUGAAAGCAGCAACAUGGAAGUGGAUAUAGGUUACCUGCCUCAGAUGGAGCUAGAAUCGACAGGGCCUUCCAUCCCCUCUGUGAUCCAUGACGAGAAUGGGAAUGUGAUUGAUAGCAGGGAUCCCUCAGGGGAGCCCAUUCAGUUUGUGUUUGAAGAGAUAACCUGGCAGCAGGAAAUCCCCUGGGAAGAGGCAGCCCAGAAGCUGGAAUUGGCCAUGUAUCCGUUUAAGAAGGUUUCCUAUCUUCCCUUCACGCAAGCUUUUGAGAGAGCAAAAGCAGAAAAGAAGCUGGUGCACUCAAUCCUGCUGUGGGGUGCCCUGGAUGACCAGUCCUGCUGAGGUUCAGGGCGAACUCUCCGGGAGACCGUCCUGGAAAGUUCGCCCAUCCUCGCCCUGCUGUUCAUUAGCAGCUGGUCGCUGGUGAAGGAGCUGGAAGAGCUGCAGACCAACAGAGAGAACGAGUUCUACAGCAAGCUGGCUGACCUGCACCUUGAGAAGUACAACUUCCCCGUGGAGAUGAUCAUCUGCCUCCCCAAUGGCACGGUGAUUCACCAUAUCAAUGCCAACUACUUCCUGGAUAUUACUUCUAUGAAGCCUGAAGAUGUUGAAAGUAGCAUCUUUAGUUUCUCGACCAAUUUUGAAGACCCUUCUACUGCAACUUACCUCCAGUUCCUGAGGGAAGGACUGCAAAGAGCAAAACCAUACCUGCAAACCUAAAAACAAUGGCACAUACUGCCCCACAGAGAUGGCCAAAGACUUCAGAGAUCUAUUUUCUUUACAGCAUUUCUUCCUCCUCGUCACGGAUGUCAAGAUGCAGACAGCCCCAGGACUUGAGCUUUGUUCUGGGUGAUGUAGGGCUGUUGAAGAGUCUAAGUUUUGAGUGACACCAGUUUCUUUUUACAUAAUCUGCCCUUUUGAGUUCAGGCAAUUUUUUACAGGAGCGAGAAUACUUGAAUCUAUAAACGCUCUGCGUACCUGUACCUUGGUAUGUCACCAACCUUCACAUUUUUCCAUCUCCUGUUCAGACUUUCUGUGAUGAAACUCCUGUAACAGCUAUACCAAGUAUCACCUGCAAACACCAGAUCUCAAGGGCCUGACUUUGUGUUGAAUCGUGGAGAACAGUGUUGCCAUUACAACCAAAUGCUUGUGGCGGGUCCCUCUGCCUUGUGGGCAAAGGUGCAGAAUCCAGCGCAGGUGGAGAGGUCUUUCCUGGUAGCCAACAUCCUCGCACCUCUCCAAGGGCAGUCCUGAGUCCCACUAAGCUGUAAGCUACUCCACAGCCUGGAUCCCAGCUCUUCAGGAUGGCAUUUAUUGACAGCAAUGG